AUGGCAACGGUUUCAAAGAUAUCGUCACUCUUAUCACUAUCCAAACCUAAACUCAUUCAUCACACCAAUUCCUUUCUUUUCCCCUCUUCAAAACUCAGAACCCUCAGCAGCAACAACAACAUCACCACGAGAAUCACAAAGAAGAAGACAGAAGCAGCACUUGCCAAAGAAAAGAGACGAACGCGUUCCGACAAAGAACUCGACAAGGACACAAUUAUUGAGCUUUACAACAACAACUCUCAUCUUCAUAUUCCUGUUAUGCUUUCUGAAGUCUUGGAUGUUUUCUCGAAUUGCUCAUUAAUCUCUUUCGUUGAUUGUACUCUUGGUGCAGCUGGUCACUCCACCAAUGUGAUUAGAGGGCAUCCAGAGUUGAAGUAUUUUGUAGGGAUUGAUGUGGAUCCUGUGGCAAGUGAUGUAGCCCAAUCGCGGAUCAGUUCAGUUUUGGAAGAUAAUGAGUCUAGUGUGAAAGUGUUUACCAUGUUAAAGAAUUUUAGACACAUUAAGUCUGUGCUUAGAGGAACGGGCGAGGAACGUUUGGGGGUUGGGUCUAUUGAUGGAAUUUUGAUGGACCUUGGAAUGUCAUCUAUGCAGGUGGAUGAUCCUCAAAGAGGAUUCAGUGUGCUUGGUGAUGGACCCCUUGAUAUGCGUAUGGAUCCUCAGGCAAGCCUUAAAGCAGAAGACAUACUAAAUUCUUGGCCAGAUACUGAUGUGGGCCGUAUCCUAAGGGAUUACGGGGAAGAAAGUAAUUGGCGCACUCUGCAGAAGAAAAUUGUCCAAGCCCGUUUAGAAGGUGGAUUUCAUUCCACUACCGACUUGCUGGGUCUUAUUAAGCGCGUGACUCCUCCAAUGAAAAGUGGAAGGCAAGGUUGGAUAAAGACAGCGACCCGAGUAUUUCAAGCAUUGAGAAUCGCGGUCAAUGAUGAACUGAAGACUCUCGAGGAUUCUCUGUAUUCUUGUUUUGACUGCCUUGCACCUGGGGGCAGGCUUGCUGUCAUAUCCUUUCACAGUUUGGAGGACAGAAUUGUGAAGCAAACAUUUCUUAACAUAAUUAAAGGGAAUGAAGACACGGGCGAAGGGGAAAGCUGCAAUAGUGAUCUGAGGAAGAUGAUUGAUGGAAUCAAAGAAAAAGAAGCAUGGAUAAAACAAGUAAUGCAUGGAUCAAAUGGUUUAGUUCUCACAAAAAGACCAAUCACGCCAUCAGAAGAAGAGGAGGAAUUGAACCGCCGAAGUAGAAGUGCCAAGCUCAGAGUUAUUCAGAAGCUUUGA